GAAAAUACUUUUAUUACCAUAUUUCAAGAAUAACUAUAUUCCCAGUGAAAUAUAAACUAUAAUUCUAGAAUAACUGUAAUUCUCAGUAAUUUUUCGAACGUUUUCGUUACGUUCGAACAAAAUUUAAGAUAAAGAUAUUUUGCUAAAAAUCAAGUUGUACAACCUGAUUACCUCGUUUUGGAAUAAGGUACCGAUCGUGACAGCUGUCAUAUCAGGACUAUGGUCAUUUUUUAAUGUAAACAACUUGAUCUAUGCCUAAAUUGGCCAAUUAGGAAAUCAAUUAACCGCAUUUGUUUAAUUGCGAAUUAAUUACAUUUGAGCUGUAUUUAUAAAUAAACGUUGUAAAGGAUGACAAUGGGCGAUGAGACUCCAGUUACAUCGCUGAUCUUACCUGUUGUCUUAAGACCAAUAUUAAUGAAGCUAGAGAGACAAAAUGUAUUGGCAGCUCAAACAUUACGCACAGCUUUAUUGAAAGCUGAAAAUUCCCAUCCAGGAAUUACAUAUGAUUUAAUUCUUGGUAUAAUACGACGGGCAGAACUUAAUCUUGAUAUGAAUGAGAGUGUUUUAAGAUUACAAGGAGCAGCUUCUGAUUAUGAUGAAUAUAGAUCAGCUAGAUCUGAGGAUGCUUUCCAAGAACUGAAUCGCAAAUCAACUUCCUUGAAAAGAAUACUUAGCAGAAUUCCUGAUGAAAUAACAGAUCGAAAAACCUUUCUUGAAACAAUUAAAGAAAUUGCAAGUGCAAUAAAAAAGCUUCUAGAUGCAGUAAAUGAAGUAACCGCAUUUAUUCGUGGUUCUGCUGGAAAGCAAGCAUUGGAUCAAAGAAAAAGAGAAUUUGUUAAAUACAGUAAAAGGUUUAGCAAUACAUUAAAAGAAUAUUUUAAAGAAGGACAAGCAAAUGCAGUAUUCAUAAGUGCAUUAUACUUGAUACAUCAAACAAAUAUGAUAAUGCUCACAGUAAAGGACAAAUGUGAGUAAUGAAUGCUCUGUUAAAUAAUAUUUCUGCAAUAAUAAAAUAAGUUAGAAUUAGUAUAGAAUUUAUUUAAUAUUCUAAUUUUAUCCAUUUUGUUAUAUAUUAAUAUGAUCUAAUUAUCAUUUAAUAUAAACAUAUAUAUAUAUAUGUAUAUA